UCAGGCCCCGCCCUCCCCUCAGGCCCCUCAGGCCCGGCCCCGCCAUGUCGGACCGGCUGGCCAAACCCUCCUGCCUCAUCGUCGCCAGCGCCGCCGCCGCGGGUGUGUCAGCCCAGUCUUUCCUUCACUGCUUUACUCUGGCCAGCUCUGCAUUUAAUCUGCAAGUGGCAACUCCUGGGGGGAAGCCCAUUGAUUUUGUGGAUGUGAACGAGGGGAACACGCGCUGGAUCCAGGACUUCCGCAUGAAAUCCUACGCCAACCCCGCCAAGCUGGAGUCCAUUGAUGGGGCUCGGUACCACGCCCUGCUGAUCCCAAACUGCCCCGGGGCUGUGACUGACCUGGCCAACAGUGGGUACCUGGCCAAGAUCCUGCAGCACUUCAGCACUGAGAGCAAGCCCAUCUGUGCUGUGGGACAGGGAGUGGCAGCUUUGUGUUGUGCCACUAAUGAUGAYAAAUCCUGGGUUUUCCAGGGAUACAGCCUGACAGGGCCCUCUGUCUACGAGCUGGUGAGGCAGCCGAAUUUUGCCAGUUUGUCUAUUAUUGUGGAGGAUUUCGUGAAGGAUUCUGGAGCUACAUUCAGUGCCAGCAGCCCGGAUGCUGUCCAUGUGGUGCURGACAGGCACCUGGUGACGGGACAGAAUGAGAAUUCCACCCUUCCUGCUGUCCAAAACCUUCUGAUUCUUUGCAAUGUCAGCAGGAAAUGAAGGAGCAGGUCUGUUUGCAMAGAGGAUGGAUGAAGAGCCAGCAGGCUGUGGAUUUCCAUGGUUGUGACCUGGAUGAAACAUCUGUCUGAACCUCUGUCCUGGACUCUGAAGUGACUAUGGCAGUGAAGUGGCAGUGUCAGGUUCUGUGUGGAUGGAAUGGAUGAAAGUUGUCAGAAGCAGCUGGGACACUCCCUUACACUUUUGCUGCUCCAUUUUCUCACUGCUUCUCUAGACCCUCAAUUUACAGAUGUGGGGAACUGCCUUCUCAAAACCCCCCAAAAGUUGGUGCUGUGAAUACAAAUUGCUGAAAUUGAAGUCCUUGCUCUGGGUUGGCAUUGUACUGAUYUACAGUGUGCCCUUGUUUUCUUCCUCUUCACAUUGUUGGAAUUGUGUUUAAAAAGUUUGCUCAGCUUUUUCUUUGUACAUGGUCCUACAAUUGUUUAUUUGUUCUCCUUUGUGCUGCUUAUGUUGUGGGUAUUGUUCUCUUGGAAAUACUCCUCUCUGGAAGUACAUUGCUGCUGUCUAUUGCUGGAAUUUUGUGGAUUACUGCACUGAAAAAUGCAGAAGGCUAAUGUGGAUCCCAUCAGUGUAGGGUGGAAUCUGGCCUCCUUCCCUCAGAACUGCAGGURUGGCUUGAAGCUGAAUAUGCAAAGGAAGAAUCAGGCUGAGAUAUUUUUUUAAUUGUUGCAGGCUUAAACAUACCAAAUAUAUCAGAAAGUAGAUAAAUUAACUUUCAGAUAAUUGAUUUUCCUCCCCUCUUGGAAUUGUGCCAACAUUUCUACAGUGCCCUGAAGGGAAGGACCUUUGUGGUUGCAUUUYUGUUUUCAUACCAGGAUGUUACAAUAUUUUGUUUCUAACAAGUCAUCAAGCAGUGAAAUUUUGUCUUUUCUGUGGAAAUCCAGUUUUUUAGCUCUGCCUCAAGAAUUCAGUGUGAUUUUAAAAGACARACUGCCCUGGGGUUUGCUGGGUUUUCUAGUGUUGCAUUCUGGAGCCCAGCUUACAGAUCUUUGGCUUUGAUGGAAAUUAAAACUGGAAUUUGAAAUGAAAAUUGCGCUUUGAUGGAAAUUAAAUUAUCAGUUAGCUUUGAUAAUUUAAAUCUUCAUUCCUGACAAGCUGUCAUAGGGAUUUGAUGUUGACUCUAUCAAGGAAUACUUUCAGUCUGGAAAGUCACAUUUUGGUGAAGUGGGAGACUGUAUUUCCUUCGAGACUGUGUUUCUGUGGGAUUUUGCCAAAAUCACUGCAUCUUUCAUUGCUUGCCUGUAAAAAUAGAAUAUUGGUGUCUACCCUGUGUCCUGUUUUCAU